AUGUUGAACUGGUCAGUGUUGUUGUCAUGGGCUGUCGCCAUUGCCCUGGCAGCAAUACUUGUAUCUAACUACAUGAGACUAUCAUCUAUUCCAGGACCGUUUUGGGCAUCGUUCACCAAUUUGUGGAGAGCAUACGAGACAGAAUAUGGAGCAGAGUUUCGAAAGACCCUGGAGGGUCUUCACAAGAAGUAUGGACCAUUUGUUCGAAUUGGUCCAACCACAGUUAGCAUUUCGGAUCCCUCAGCAAUUCCCACCAUCUACUCGAUGCACGGGGAAUUCAAAAAGGCUGACUCCUACCAAGGCCUCCGGGCUCUUUCAAAUGGAAAGGUAAUGGGCAGUGUCAUCGAUAUCCAAGACGAAGACGAAGUCUCCGCGCUCAAACGUGCUGUCGGAAGUGCUUUUGCCACCAAGAACCUCCUGAACUACGAGUCGGAUGUCGACUAUACUGCCGACACGCUUGUCCAGGCCAUUCGUAAAAGAGGCACAGUGGACGUUCUCAACACUAUGCAGCAAUUCCAAGUCGAUUUCCUGAUGAAAGUUGCCUUCAGCAAAGAAACAGACUACUUGAGGGCCGAAAAAUCGACUCAGCCCAUUUCAGUUGAACCACGUCUGAGGCACUGGAGUCGAUGGCAACCCAUACCUCUAAUGGAGAGGAUACUUUUCAAGUCCCCACUUUGCCCUGCAUGGUACAGGGGUGUCUCGAAGCCUCCUGUCUGGACAGCAAUGGCCAUUGAAGAAUUCCAAAGGCACCAGCAGCCGAACCUAAAAGAGAAAUUCAACCUGCAGCCUGAUCUUUUGACAAAAUACAUUCAGGGGGGGGAAAGAAAUAAGGAGAAUGUGAGACCGGAGGUUCUAAUCAGGAUGAUCUCGUCGACGAUCUCUGCUGGCUUUGAUACCUCGGCAUUCACCAUGACGACCAUUCUCUACUUCCUCCUCAGGAACCCGGACUCGCUCCAAAAGCUGAAGAACGAAAUGGAUUCUGCCAUGGCCGCCGGCCACCUUUCCAAUCCUCCUCGAUAUACUGAGGCGGACAAGUUAAAGUAUCUUAGCGCCGUGAUUAAAGAAACCAUGCGUCUGUACCAGUUCUUCACUAUCCUUCUUGAACGCGAGGUCCCCGCAGGCGGUGCAGAGAUUGCAGGACAAUGGUUCCCUGGCGGUACCGUGGUUGGUGUUCCUGCGGACAUCGUUCACCGUGAUGUUUCGGUCUUUGGGAAGGAUGCACGCAGGUUCCGACCAGAUCGAUGGUUGGAAGCCGAUGAACCCAGGCGUCUUCAGAUGGAGAAGACGGUGCUGGGAUUCGGAGCUGGUAAACGGGUGUGUCUCGGAAGGCACAUCGCCGAACUGGAGAUGAAGAAAGUCAUUCCAAGACUAUUGUUGGAAUUCAACGUAAGUUUACAGAUUGGAGUUUCCUUUUGA